CAAAUAUUGGGACGGCAUUCUUAAAUACAGACUAAACACCCUAAACGUUCAGUCGAUGUAAACAACUGUUCAAUUGACCGUGGUGUUGACAGUAUAUUUGGUAACCAUAUUGAUAUUUAUUGGCAGUAUGGAAAAGUGGGGAUGCAGUGAGCUGCACUGUUUGCCGCCCAUUGUCAGAUAACCUGAGUAGUAGAGACGGUAGUCAAGGCAGUGUUGUUGGCAAACUUUAAUGGACUUAAAGACUAUUUCUUUAAAGGAACGUCUUGUGAGAUUGACGAAGCGAUUUUAUGACAAGACUGUUCGUGCUUACUUUUUUUUUGCAUUUUGUUCAUUGGUUUGUGAGCACGGUUUUUGAGGCAACACACAGAUAGUCUUUCAUUCCACAACAAGAAUAUUCAUCGAUUUCGAUCUGUUUCGAACUAAUUGACAGGACUUGAGUUCAAUCAAAGCAAUUGCUUGUGUGUGGCACGGCAUUAGCGAAGGGCUUACUAAGUAGUUCAGUCACAUUCAGUCUUCCAAGCAGUAGAUCAGGACCACAUGGGUUGUUCGUCUUCCAGCGACGGAGGCUUGGAUAAUCACUAUGACGAGCCUCCACGGAAGGUGGACCCUCGACUCCCCUAUACCACCUAUCGCCAAGUGUUUAAUUUAAAGAAUUCAUGGAAAGCUAUCAACAGGAAGUUAGAAGACACUGCAAAGGACAACUUAAUGCGAUUCUUCCGAAAGCAUAGGGAGUACCAAGCAAUGUUCCCUCAGCUGAAGGAUAUGGAUGAAGAAAUUAUGCAAACUUCAGACGCUUUCGAGGAUCAGUCUUUAAGGAUAUUUAAUAUAUUCGAUGAGGUUAUGGAAUACAUCGACUGCAAUGUAGAUAACGCCAUAGAUAUACUGCAUUCUACUGGAAAACAACAUGCUCGAAUAGAGGGAUUCAAACCAGAAAUGUUCUCGGAAAUGGAAGAGUCGUUUAUGGAAGCCGCAAAAGAAGUACUAGGAGAUAGAUUCACAGAGUCAGCCGAUGAUAAUCUCAGAAAACUUUACCAAUUUUGUAUUAAGCACAUAAACGCUGGUUAUGCAGCCGCUACUCAAUAGCACGGUGCGGGUCGCCAUAUGAAAUAUUGAGUGCAUAGCCUAACUAUGUAGAUAAGUUUGAAGUGAGAUGCAAGGGUGACCUAGUAUAUGUUUCAUGGGCGGAAAGAACAAUACAGCCAUAUGCUCUGAGAUGAUCUUUGAUAUUUUACCAGAUUCAUUUUACGAUUCAAGUCGACUUAAAUGAGUGGCCUGUAUCGUUUUAGUAGAGGGUGUUAUGCAAUGGACUUCUGGAACCUUCAGCUAUGGGUUGCUUGUGUGCACUGGAUUUCACAUUUUAGAAUAUUGGAAAUAUGCUUUUUAAAAAUGUACAUAUGGUAUAUAUUUCAUCGAUGACAAGACUUAACGUGGCGUAAUAUACAGUAAUUCGCCAAAUAUCUGACAUAAAAAAGAAUAAAUACCGGUAAAUCAUGAUUAAAACUAGUUUAAUUUGAAAUCUGGUUUUGAACUUUUUUGCUUAGAGUGACAUGGCUUGCAUUGGGUAUUAGACACUAGAUAUUCUUGUAAGUAUUGCUGUCGACUUACUCUGCUGUGAUAAAGAAAAAAUUCUGAGUGAUAAAAUUUUACUCUCCGCUCUCUAUUUCUCUUUUUUUUUACGCUAACGGGGCUGCAAGAGUGGAAAUAAAAGACCCUGAAAUUCAUUCAGAAUCAAUGCAAUAGCAACACAAAAUGCGAUAGAGAAGCCUAAUAAACAACGUGCAUAAGACUAAUUUUGUGAGAGGUGAAAGGACAGCUCUUUGCCAUGCAUUGAAUAUUGAUUCAUGUGCA